AAAAUCCAUUGCAUUAACUGUGCUUGCAUUUUAAUGCAUUGAAUUUUUAAGUCUUGCUUUAAAUUCAACAUGGUCGUAUAUUUAAGCAAUGAAUAUUUGUUCAAAAACAGAUUUUCAUUAUCAAAAAUUCAAGAAUCCUAUUCACCUUUCAGAUUUCACUUCCAAAAUAUUCGAUCUGUUUAAAAAUACAACCUAUAAUAUUCAACAGGCAAGUUUCAGACCAUUUUAUUUCGCUUUACAAAUUCGCUUCCACAAAUUCAGUGGUUAAAAUUCGACAGUAAAUUCAACCUUUCACAUCCGGGAACAGCAGGAAAAUCAGUGGAUUACCGAGCAUAAUCUCAUCUGCAGUAAAUCGUCUUCGCCAGCAGGAGGUGCAAGCGCGUCUUGACAAGCACCAAAGCAAUAGAGACGAGAGGCCUUCAUAACACGUCAUUUGCCGAAAUGGACCGAGCGGGAGACAAUGAAGUGCUGAGAUCAGCAAGGCACCUUUUGUCACUAUUGACACAAGAAAAAGCUGAUGGGCCUUCUACGAGUCAGGGUCUAAACAGAUCAUCUAAUGUCAGAUGCCAAACUCCGGGGCCAUCUUCUGUUCAAACAGAAAUGACCAGGUCCUUUCCUGGAUUAUUUUCAAAUCGUAGAGGAAAACGGCGCUUCACCGGACCAUGUCCUGUGCCCGUUAAACUAAAACCAUUUCAGGUCAUGUUCCAUCUGCUGCCAGCCCAAUGUGAGCGGUCCCCAAGUGGUCCAGAUCAACUGCUCCACACACAAGCAGGACUUGGACGCAGAACUGCCACUCUUGAUGAAAACAUGACUCAUCAGGAGUUAUGUGAUAAACUCAUCGAAUUGUAUCCAAAACUUGGUGAGGUAACUGGUGGUUGGCUUCUUUAUAAGGCAUCAGGGGGUUGGGGAAGUCGGAAGCUCUCUCUUGUGGCACCUGCAGACUGUGGGUACACAGGCAGGCUAAUCAAAACCUCCAAAAUAGGGGAGAAUUCUGUCAUCUAUAUAGCUCCACUACAAGAUGAGCUAGAUAUCGCUCCCUUGCCACCAUCAUCAGAAGCAUUUCGAGAUAUGCCUAAGGCAAUGUGCAAAAAAUGCAAAAUACUGUACCCACUUCAGAUCCUCACAAACCACAUUAAGACUUGUUCUGAUGUUGUUGUGGUUGAAGAUGGAAAUGAAAGUCAGGAUGAAACUCAGCAUGAGGCACAUGAUGUGGAAAGUGAGAAAAAGAGCAAUGUACAGGCUUGCUGUCCUAUUUGUCAAGAAGAAAUGCCCCUUGACAUCUUGGAAAUUCAUGCCAGUGAAUGUGGGGAAAGACCUAUGGAUGAUGAAAAUAACAACACAGCUGAGUUGUCAUGUAUGGAUAAUGAAGUGAAUGACACUGCUGAGUUUUCAUACAUGGAUAAUGAUUGGAAAACCCAUCCAGAUCCAAAAGUGGCUACGACCUUGUACAGAAAGGAAAUUCUCAGACUGCAUGAGACAGGGAAACCUCUUUUAAUGUGUAUGGACUUGAGAACAUGUGCUGAAGAACAGGAAAGGCAACUGAUCAACUUCUACAAGCAAAGAAAUGUAGAGUGGGCAUGUCCUGUUAAAUGUCAACUUGAAGGGGAUGCUGCAGUUGGUGAUGGCGUCACCAGGCACUUUUUUUCUAUAAUUCUUGAAAAACUGAAGUAUGGUUUCAGUUUGAAUUUGGGAAACACAGGAGUUACUUGCCUCUUUGAGGGACAGCCAGACCACUUGGUGCCCUCAUCGUCACAAUUCCUCAUUGAAAGUGACCUCUUCUUAGUAGCGGGGAGAAUGCUAGGCCAUUCCUUUCUGCACGGUGGCCCAUGUCUUGCAGGGCUUAGCAGAGCUUUUGUUCAUGUUCUCCUUCAAGGUUCUCAAGAUACUGCCACUUUGCAAUUGGAGGACUGCCCAGACGUUGACAUACGAGAGACCAUCAACUUGCUCAGUGGACAGUCUCCAUUGAAUAAUGAUCAGUCUAAUAAAGUCCUGGAACUGUGUUUGUCUUGGGAUCUUCCUGGUCCAACAGAAGAAAAUAGAAGGUGGCUCUACGAACGUCUGUUGUCACAUGCGGUUCUCGGGAGAAGAACACGCCAAAUCAAACAAAUCAAACGAGGACUGAAAGACACUUUUGUUUGGCCUCUUCUAACUGAGAGGAAGGAUGUGGUAUUCUUCCCCAAGGAAUCAGAGGAUUCAUGCACUCCUGAAAUGCUGCUUUCCCAUAUCUCCUGGCCUAGAGAGAGUGAUGACGAAGAUGAUGACGAAUACUCAGCUGACACAAAGGAACGGAUCACAGGGUAUUUAAAGCAGUUCAUUGAGACAGCAUCCAGCAAGGACUUAAAAAACCUUCUGAAGUUCUGGGUCGGAUGGGAGCGGAUGGAGGCAAAUAUGGCUGUGGAAAUUGUGAAAAGUGAUCUCCCAAAAUCCUCUACCUGCUUCUGUGUUCUCCGACUACCAGGGCACUACAACAAUUUCCAGUCCUUCACAAAGGACUUGAUGAUGUGCAUUGGCACUUGCAAGUAUGGUUUUGGCCAUGUGUAAUUUUCAGACACAUGUACAUGUUACAUUUGUUACACAGUGAUAUACACUUUUAUUAGAUGCUGUUACUGCACUUACGACCAAUGCUUUGUUAAAAUCCAGCUUACAAGUUUUUUUCUUUUUAGGAUUGCUUUGUACAUAAUGCUUGUUGAUCAUGCUGUUAUGUUUUGAUACUAUGCUAUAAGAUAGUACAUUCCAUUGUUAAGUAAUGGGUUAAUGUUAUGUACAUGCAGUCUCUGACAUUGUAAGCUUACAUUGUUCCACAAUGGAUCUUCUCAUGCAGUGGUAAAGAAAUGUUGAAUGACAGUUGUUCCAUAGCUUGUCAGAUUUUGCAAAGUAUCAUCAAGUACUUUAUUCUUUUAAAGUAUUUGAAUUUAUGUAAAAUGUAUGUUUGAACAUGUUCAAUGGGAGUACAAAUAUUAAAUCUAAGCAAUAAGUCAAUUCUUGAACAAAAAAUAAAAAAAAUCCAUAAUCCACUGUGCUUAUCACUAACUAAAGGAAGUGUCAAAUCAAACAAAAAAGUACAAAUUACACAGAAACAACAAUUCUUACAUGCAGGCUUUUUUAUUCAUUCAUUUUAACGUAUUGUUGAGUCCAAAUAUUAAUUAUUUCUUAAUUGCUACUGAUAGAAUUCUGCCUCUGCAAAACAGAAGAUGAAAAUCACAGUUAUUCCAUAAGAACUGAUUGGCAAAAAUGAAGUGCAGCUAGAUAGAUGUCCCAGCCAAAAGUCUGUGAGGGUCCUUUGGGGUCUACAGUUUCUCUGAGUGCUUCCAUUUGCUCAUUAGUCAGCGGACAUUCGGUUUGAGGCACAACAAUACUGGAAUGUGCAUCAACACUCAGUCCACUACUCUCCCAGUCUAUGUGUGGUAUGCUUAAUCCCUUAAAAAUAUAGAGCAUUUAAUAUCACAAAUGACAUCCCAAUUACAGUUCUGAACAUAGAAUAAGUAGCAUCAAUACAGUACAAAAACUGUAUUGAAUAUCUUGUAUUAAAUACAGUGUGAUUAA